AUAUGCCUCGUAACGAAGUUAUAUAUAACGAAAAAACGAACGCUGCCUGGAAGAAAGCGUUUGCACUUUUGAAUAGUAAUACACACCCAGGACUGAAUCAACAAGAAGAAUUUCUUUGUCAAAGAUUUCAAAAGGAGGCAUCACUGACCGAGCUUGAAAGGACGAGUUUAAUCAAUCAGCUUCAAUAUCGUUAUGAUCAACUUAGAGUCAAAGAAUCAGUCAAGACUCGAAUAUGUGAUCAUUGUCAUAUGCAGUGUAAUGCAAAACAUUACUGUGAAUUAUGCGUUCGAAAACAUUUAAGGGACAACUUUGGGAAUUGGUCUUCGGGAAACCAUAGGAUUGACAGGUUAAUUCAAGAAUGUCAACAGGGAGUUGCCAGUCCUAGUCACAUUGUCGAAUGGAUCGACUAUAAACAGUUGGAAGAUGUAUCGUAUUUGAAAGAGGGUGGAUGCUCUACAAUUUGUACUGCAACUCGGAAAGAUGGUUGUUAUUACCGAUGGAACAACGAAGCACAAACACUAGAAAGAAUCGGUCAACAAAAAGUUGUGCUAAAAAAGCUACAUAAUUCCGAAAACAUUGGUCGAGACUGGUUUCAAGAGGUUAAAUUGCAAUUCACACUUAGUGGUAUAGCGGGAUCGUUGGCCAAUUGUUACGGAUUAACCAAGGACCCACAGAGUAAAGAUUACAUGCUCGUUUUAUAUUCCUACGCCAAUGACCUAAGAAAACAUUCGGUAAAAAAUACCUCAACCAAAAUUUGGGUACAGAAAUGUUGGAUGGUUUUAUGUUUAGCCGGUGGUCUUUAUGAAAUCCAUAGGAAAAGAGUGGCGCAUGGAGGCUUACAUCCCGGAAAUAUUCUGUACAAUGCCACCGUUGACAGUUGGGUUAUCGGUGACAUGGGUUUUUGUGGCCCAAAAGACAAAUCACCGGAUAGCAUUUAUGGAGAUCUUCCGUAUAUUGCUCCGGAAGUUUUGUGUGGUGAACAACGCACAUUUAAGUCAGAUAUAUACAGCUUAGGAAUUUUAAUGUGGGAAAUUGCGACCGCGGAAACUCCAUUUGUGCAUAUGAGUUACGAUAAUGAUUUGGCUUUGGAGAUCGUAAAUGGUAUUCGUCCAAGGAUAUGUGAAAAUAUUCCAAAAGAAUAUGUUCGAAUAAUGAAGCGGUGCUGGGACGCUGAUCCUAAAAACAGACCGAAUGCAUUGAUAGUAAGAAAUAUGUUUGAUGAGUUGUAUGUGAAAUUGUAUAAAAAAUCCGUUCGAACGAGGUUUUUAAAACCGAUGAAAAUAGGCCAUUUGGUAAAAAGUACAUCAAAAAAAAAGGAUGAGCAAGAUUUACCCACCACAAAUCAUGGGCCCAAGAUGUACAGAAGUCAGACAAGACUAUACUCCUUUCAUAAUCUUCCUACACCAAGGAAUGCAACCUUAAAAGAGCAACGAGCGUUCGACUCGCGAUAUGAAACAUCGAUAUCAUCUGUACUCGCCUCGUGCAGGUUUAAUAAUUAG